AGUUUCUCAGUGAAAGCAGAAUUUUUUUUUUUCAUGGAUUUAGCUGAAAGAGAUCCACAUGAAUUAAAUUCACAUGUGAAGGUAGAAUUUGACGAAGUGAUAGCAGAACCUAGUGGUGCACACAGUUAUGACUGCUGCUGGGAGAACUGUACCUUCACGUGUUUUAACUGCAGCAAGAGCUGCCUGUACAAAUUCCUCACCACCCUACUCUCUUGUCUCAUCGCUCCCGUCUGGGGCUGCGCCUUCGCUUUCCUCACUUUCUUCAUGGUGUGGUUCGUCACCCCAAUGUUUCGUGGAUGCAGUAUUGUGAUGGGGUGCUGUCAGAUGUUCGUAGGGACCUCCACCAUGUGUCUUUGUGCCCCAAUUUUUGAUGCCGUGGCUCUAAUUCUAUCAAGGAUCCAAGUUGGGAUGGAGACAUUGAAAAUGUAAAAUUGACAAUAUUUAUUCCAUAUCAUAAGUAUGUGGUUAAGAAAAUGUCAUU